AUGGCCACCUCGAUGGCACACAAUUCAACUGCCAGCUCAACCGCCUCACCAACACUCGCCUCAAUCACUGCCUCUGCCUCAGCACUUGCAUCCUCACAGGCCGCCCUCGCCUCAGCCUCAGCCGCAAUCACAGGCGCCACAUCCACCUCCUCACCAUCCUAUUAUAAGAUCAUCGGCAUCGUCCUCGCACUCGUUAGUGGUCUUUUUAUCGGCUCUAGCUUCGUCUUUAAGAAGAAAGGCCUCCUCGUCAGCCAACAGAAGGUCCUCGAAAAGGGUGGGGAAGCCGGAGAGAGUCAUGCUUACCUCAAAAGUCCAAUGUGGUGGGCCGGAAUGUCGUUAAUGAUCGUCGGUGAAAUUUGUAACUUCGUUGCGUACGCUUUCGCCGAUGCUAUCCUAGUCACACCCAUGGGAGCUCUAUCCGUCGUCAUCUCAGCUGUGCUAUCGUCAAUUUUCUUGAAGGAGCGGUUGAGUUUCUUUGGGAAAGUGGGUUGUUUUCUGUGUGUCCUAGGAGCGACGAUCAUCGCAGUUAAUGGGCCGAAGGACCAAGCUGUAUCAACAAUACCAGAGUUUGAAAAGCUGUUCUUGGCCCCCGGCUUUCUGGUCUUCGCUUCUAUUAUCGUCGUUUCUGCAUUACUCUUAAUUUUCGUGGCUGCGCCCAGAUGGGGCAAGACGAAUAUGCUGGUUUAUAUUUCGAUUUGCUCUAUCAUCGGUGGAUUGUCCGUCGUCGCUACUCAGGGCCUGGGAGCUUCAAUCAUCACAACCAUCCGAGGCGAGAGUCAAUUCAAAUACUGGUUUAUGUAUUUCUUGAUUGGAUUUGUUGUUUGUACUCUAUUGACUGAAAUCAACUACCUCAACAAAGCUCUCGAACUAUUUAACACCGCUAUGGUCACCCCGACCUACUAUGUGAUGUUCACAUUUUCGACUCUGGUUACCUCAAUCAUCUUAUUCCAAGGUUUGAAAGCACCUGUCGCCGAUAUUAUUACUCUGGUUCUUGGCUUUUUGGUUAUUUGCUGCGGGAUCACAUUACUUCAAAUGUCCAAGGUGGAUCCGAUCGAGUUCACGGGAUUAGAUCCCAAGUCGGCCGUAUUUUUAGCUGCCGAUAAAGAAGUGGACACCGAAUCGGGCUUGGGUGCCGAAGAGCCAGGAGUGGAUGGGUUGAGGGGCUUUGGAGGGUUGAUCGGUUCCAUCCACCGGAACACGUUGAUUGCUAGACAAUCGACUGCAAGCUCAUUGGCUGCACAGAGUGAACAGACUUCAGUCCGUCGCCGCCGACAGGAGUCUUACCUCAAAAGCCUUCAACAGCGUAACCCAGAAAUCGGAAUGAUCGGAUUAAAGAGGCACACCCUUUGGGAUCGUCCUGUUUCAGAUGAAGUUCUGGAAGACCCUACGCAAAUUAAUUCAAUCGAGGGAAGUCUUUCAGAUCAGGACAAACGAGCCUUGAAAGAUAAAGGCUCGAUUGAGAGUAUGGUUGCAGAUGACCAUCGUCAUUCAAAAGUAUCCAAUCGCGUAGCUUCACGACCCGGAAGCCUGGGCUCAGAAAAAAGAAGUACUACUCAACCGAACACCGCAAGUGCGCCCUAA